GAAAAAAUGGGAAGCUCGUUGAAGGAAGAGACGACAGCCGACGCUGAUACGUCGAGCCGUGACACCCCUCCUUCCGAUUCGAACAUCUUCUCCGAGGGCGAACGUGUUCUCGCCUAUCACGGCCCUUAUAUCUACGAAGCCAAGGUUUCAAAAACUGAGCUUCGGAAGAAAGAAUGGAAGUACUUCGUUCAUUACCUUGGUUGGAAUAAAAAUUGGGAUGAAUGGGUAGCAGCUGAUCGGCUGAUGAAAAACACUGAAGAGAAUGUUAGGAAGCAGCAAGCCCUUGACAGAAAACAAGGUGUUGAAAAAGGUUCAAGGCCAGGGCGUUCAAGUCAGACCAAGCCGAAAAGCUCUACUGAUGCAAAACUGGAUAAAGAGGACCUGAAGAACACCGUGCCAAAAGGGAAGAAGAGAAAGAGCGACUCAGGUGUUGAGAAGGACAAUUCAUCCAUGGAAAAGCCUAUCAAGAUCCAAAUUCCAUCAACCCUAAGGAAGCAGCUUGUUGAUGAUUGGGAAUUUGUUACGCAACAGGAUCAGCUUGUUAAACUUCCUCGUUCGCCAAAUGUUGAUGAUAUUUUGACAAAGUACCUUGAAUACAGGUGCAAGAAGGAUGGCACAAUGAGUGAUUCAAUUGGAGAGAUCUUGAAAGGAAUUCGCUGCUACUUCGACAAAGCUUUGCCUGUAAUGCUUCUAUAUGAAAAAGAGCGCCAACAGUACCAUGAAGUAAUCGUUGAUGAUGUAUCCCCAUCAACUAUAUAUGGUGCUGAGCAUUUACUACGCCUUUUCGUUAAGUUUCCUGAGCUAUUGGCAUAUGUGAAGAUUGAAGAGGAAACCUUGACUCACUUGCAACAGAAGAUAAUUGAUUUUCUUAAGUUUCUACAGAAAAACCAGUCCACAUUUUUUCUAUCCGCGUACGACCGAUCUAGAGUUUCAGAUGGUAAAGGGAAAGACAACUAGAUCGGCUAUCCCGAAUUCAACCGAUGUCGACUUUCAGGCUUGAAAAAUGUUGUAAGAUAGAAUAUGUUAGAUUCUUGGUUUCACCUUUCAACCCCCCCCCCCCCCCCAAUUUCCAGGGUAAGCGAAAUUUAGUCGGGAUGCAUAUGUACUUGAUUUCCCGGAACUGCUUUAUUUUUUGGAUAAAUUACAAAUUUGC